AUGCUGCAGUGGGAGUGGCCCACUUCACUGUGCGCAGAGAGAAGGGAGUUGAUUCGCGCGGCCGUUGAGCGCGCCAUCCGGAACUCCAUGGCUGAGGGUAGCGAUGGGCAAAUUCGUGGCACUGUGAACGUAGAUGAACUUAAUCUGGGGUCCAACCCUCCUGAAGUCACGCUCAGUGGAAUACGAAUGCUGUCGGCUGAGCGCACAGUAAUAAUGGUGAAGGUGCGUUACACUGGUGAUUUUUUCAUUCGCCUUAGUGGGCUUGAGGUGAACCUCGAUAUGGUGGGGUCCGGCGCCGAGGAAGCCGACAAUAACUUCGCCCUUCCAUUUUUUUGCCCGUUUGAGAUGACAUUACGGGACAUUCUCAUCGAUGGAAUGGUCGCCAUUGAGAUUCUUCAGGAACUUGAAGAAAAUGUGCAAUGGGGAAAAUGCGCCGAUGUACCAGUUGCCCCCCUCGCGACGACUGUCAGAAGCAGGAAAAACACAAAUGGUAUGCGCCCACCGUGUCGUGCAGGCACCCCGUCCACUCGUCACCGCUCGGGGUACGGUGUUUUACUUGGCGGUGGCGGCCGGGGGGCAAUGCGGUUGCCGGGUGUACUCGACUCCAUUGAUGGUUCACUUUCAUCAGUGGAUAUGGAAGGAGCAUCGGAGGGUCAUCCGAGGCAUUCUUUGAGGGUGCGCAAUGUUUCCCCACCAUUCUUUGACAUUUUAUCGACUAAAGUGCUAGUGAAGCAACGCGUGGUGAAGAUGCAGCUUUUUGGUGAUCCGCUGAAAAGUUUCCGGGUGUUGUCUAAUUUUGGUUCAGUGCAGGGUGCAGAUUGUAAGGCGGAGCAGACAAUCCGGAAGCUGAUCAAACCCGCCAUCGAGCAGCUCAUAGAAGAGGGUAUCAUCUUCAACAUAUGA